AUGUCUCCCCCAGCUGCCCUCUUCGAGCCUACUGUUGCCCCCACCGGCAUCAAGGGCAAGGUCAUGGUCCCUGAGACUACAGCCGAUGCCAAUAGCUCGCAGACCAAGCUGCUCGACACCUUCGGCGGCAAGUGGGACGACUUCAAGUUUGCUCCCAUCCGUGAGAGCCACGUCUCUCGCGCCAUGACCCGCCGCUAUUUCCAGGACUUGGACCGAUAUGCCGAGAGCGAUGUUGUCAUUGUUGGCGCUGGCUCGUGCGGUCUCAGCACUGCGUAUGUUCUGGCUAAGGCUCGUCCGGACUUGAAGAUUGCUAUCAUUGAGGCUUCUGUCUCCCCAGGUGGUGGUGCUUGGCUUGGAGGCCAGCUUUUCUCCGCGAUGGUCAUGCGCCGCCCUGCUGAGCUCUUCCUGAACGAGCUUGGCGUGCCCUAUGAGGAAGAUCCCGACAUGCCCAACUACGUGGUCGUCAAGCACGCCUCCCUGUUCACCUCGACCCUCCUCUCGAAGGUCCUUCAAUUCCCCAACGUCAAGCUCUUCAACGCCACCUGCGUUGAGGACCUCGUGACUCGCCCCGGUCCCAACGGCAACGCCGAGGAAGUCCAGAUCGCCGGUGUCGUCACCAACUGGACGCUUGUCACCCUCCACCAUGACGACCACUCCUGCAUGGACCCCAACACCAUCAAUGCCCCGGUUAUCAUCAGUACAACCGGCCAUGAUGGCCCCUUCGGUGCUUUCUGCGCAAAGCGUCUCGUCUCCAUGACCACCAUCGACAAGCUCGGUGGCAUGCGUGGCCUCGACAUGAACUCUGCUGAGGAUGCUAUCGUCAAGAACACCCGUGAGGUCGCCAAGGGUCUCAUCAUUGGCGGAAUGGAACUGUCUGAGAUUGAUGGCUUCAACCGCAUGGGACCAACUUUCGGUGCCAUGGUUCUUAGUGGUGUCAAGGCCGCUGAGGAAGCCUUGAAGGUCUUCGACGACCGCAAGCGCGAGUGUGCUGAGUAA